CUGUGUGGCGUCACACACACACACACAAAAAAAACGUUUUAAAAACACAUUUCAUUCCCCUCUAAAAUGUUUAAGUGUAAGGUAGACUUGUUUUUGUGGACGAUUUAGUCACGCCGGUCGCAAAUAGACGACGCUUUUUGCAGCAGUUUGCCACACUUGACGGCUCACUUCUUCGUUCCUGAUUGGCUACAUGCUCCUUAUCCGAAGUGCACGGCUAAUUGGCUAGCUGCAUUUUGUUCCAAGUAUGAAGCUUUGAGUAGUUUUUAUAUUGUUUUCUUUUCAGCGGUUGCUCUCACAACGCACCAGAUACAGUUUGUGACGUUUCUGCACCGAGGAGUUUGAUGCCGGUUGGGCUGGACUGAAAAAUGCACCCAAAACACAAAGGGCCUUCCAGAACUGCUGUACAUUAAUCAAGGGGACGCAGGAGUGGCUGCGCAAUGUGACAGGAUGCUGAACCAUCACUUCAGAAGGAACCCGGACCUGCAGGAGGAGCUGCAGAUCCAGGCGGCGGUGGCAGCCGGCGAUGUCUACACCGUACGCAAGAUGCUGGAGCAAGGCUACUCUCCCAAGAUCAGGGACGCCAACGGCUGGACACUACUGCAUUUUUCCGCCGCCAAAGGCAAGGAGCGCUGCGUCCGUGUCUUCCUCGAGCAUGGAGCGGACCCAACAGUAAAGGACUUCAUUGGCGGUUUCACGGCGCUGCACUACGCAGCCAUGCACGGACGCGCACGCAUCGCUCGCCUUAUGCUGGAAUCAGAGCAUCGUGGCGACAUCAUCAAUGCCAAGAGCAACGACGGCUGGACGCCACUGCACGUGGCUGCACACUACGGGCGCGACUCAUUUGUGCGCCUGCUCUUGGAGUUCCACGCCGAUGUAGACCCACUGAGCGACAAGGGCACUACGCCACUGCAGCUGGCUAUCAUCCGAGAGCGCUCGAGCUGUGUGCGGCUGCUACUCGACCAUCACGCCAACAUCGAUGUGCAGAACGGCUUUCUGCUGCGCUACGCCGUCAUCAAGGGCAACCACGCGUACUGUCGCAUGUUCCUACAGCGGGGGGCAGACACCAACCUUGGGCGCGUGGAGGACGGUCAGACACCUCUUCACCUCUCGGCUCUGCGUGACGACGUGCUUUGUGCACAGCUUCUCUACGCCUACGGAGCUGACACAAACACGCGCAACUAUGAGGGCCAGACGCCGGCCGCCGUUUCAGCCAGCAUGUCCCGUGCCAGUCGUCCCUGCCUCGACUUCCUGCAGGAGGUUACACGCCAACCCAGGACAUUGCAGGACCUGUGUCGGAUAAAAAUUCGUCAGUGCAUAGGCCUUCAAAGCUUAAAGUUCCUGGAGGACUUGCCUAUUGCUAAGGUGAUGAAGGACUACUUAAAACACAAGUUUGACAAUGUCUGACAGAGGCCUGGAACUCUCCAGGCAUCAGCACAGGAACAGAUUCUCUAGCAAAGACUAUGCAACCUCUCAUUUUCCUUUCUGUUCUCAACCUCAAGCAGCGGGUUGUUUUCUACAACCAUGCGUGAUGUUUUUCUGUAAUUUAAUCUGGAAAUAUAGCCAAGCUAUUUGUCAUGGACACUGAUCCCCAGCUUGUGUUCAUCGUUUGACUAUUGAGCCACAAAAGGAAAAAAAAAAUCGACAGAUUUUAUUUUAACGAAGUUCAGUCCAAGUAUUAGGUUGGAAUUAAGGGUGGGUAUCAAAAGCUGAUAUUAUUAUGAGCUUGUAUCAACCCAACAUCAUGACUUUGUGUGCUAUUAAAUAUAAUUAAAUUAUUUGAAUAUGGAAUUUUUUUUUUUUUAAUUCAAGCUUUUAUAGUAAAUAGAUUCUCAAAACAAUCUCCACAAUACUAAUUUACUGAUGCAUAUUUCAUUCACCUAUUCACUUUUCUGUGAGCAGCAAAACAUUAAAGGUAUAACUAUUUCAGAUUUUUGAAGGAUACACGUGUACUUAUAAGUCAUCAAACCCCUAGUUUCAAUUGUAUAAUAGAUCAAGAAACAAUCCCUUUUACUAACUUACUGACCUUUUUUUUAAGAUGAUGUGUGGGAUUUGAUCUUUUCAUACAAAAUCAAGUGAAUUGUGCACCUUCCACUCAUUAACAAUUCAGCACGGUUUGAAGGUGCACGGAGUUAAUAGUGACAUUAAACACAAACAAUUUGACUUGUGAAACAAGCAUUAAAACUGUGAUUUGAACUUUUUCUUCAGUUUUCCCACUUGAAGUCUUGGUUUCCUCAUGUGCUACUCAUUAACAAGGACUACACUAUGUAUAUAAUUGUGUCAUAUGUACAGCAGAUAUUUUUCUAGAAUUAUUUAAGCUAUGAACUCUUGUAUCAUAAAGUGUUAAGGAUUUUUGUUGAACAGUUGUGUGGCGCCUUUUUUUUUUUAAGUCUUAAUUUUUUAUUUUUUUUUUAGAAUUGAAACACAUUUGACAAACUAAUUGGGAGCAAUUAGUGAAAUUGUGGAAAUCUAAUUAAACAUUUCCCUCUAUCAGAUUUAUUGAAUGAGAGGUUUUUGGAAGUUGGCACAUGGUUUAAAAAAUGUUCUAUGCUCACUGUACAAGGCCCAUAGCAUUUAGUCAUGCCUUGACGUGGGUGGAAUCUCGGGUUGCUCAACAACGUGUAUUUUUCUCUGGUGUGUCAGUUGUUAUUAAAUUAAUUUGACUUUUUUUGUAAAAUACACCAGUAUAAUCUAGUAAGGUAAUUAUUCUGUUCGUUUCUUACAGCUUUAGUCAGAAAAGUAUGCGUAGUUCCACCUGUAAUGAAGCAACCACGUGCCUAUAACUGGUUAUACAAUAUUUAAGUUAUUUCACGAAAUCGAGUCAUACUGUACAUGAGCUGAUAGUUGGCUAUAAGCCAUGUACGAUGAGAUUGAGUGGAAUAACUGUUUUAUUCUCUCCACAUUCACUGGAUUUUGAGAAAUGGAGCAUUUUUUUUUUUUUUGCAAAUUCGAUAAAUAAAAACUUUUAUACAAAACGUUCGACAAUCAUUUCCACUUAGAAUGUGAACAAACUGGCGAAAUGACAGUAGCAAUUUGUGAAAAAUGCUAUAAUAAUUCUUGAAAAAUAAAGAUGUUCUUACCAUCAAAUACUUUAAUUUCAUAUUUUGUUGGGUUUUUUUUUUGGGGGGGGUGUUCUGUUUUCAAGUGGAGUUUUUAUUUCAUCCUCGGUUGGUUCAGCAACGUGCUCUGCCAUUUUGUUUUUCUCUACUCACAGUAUAUGAGCUGAUAGUCUAGUAGUAAAGUAGCUGAUUGCUCAUAGUAGUAUAGUGUGUGAUUGCUCAUAUCCAGUGAAUGUGGACAUAAUAAUUUCCAAUAUUUAUAUUGCAGACAGGUCAAAGUGUGUUAGUUCUAUUCCCAAAGCAGUCUGGCCAUCCCUUUGGAAGGCAGUCCUUAAUAAAUCUCCUUAUUGAUGACACAUUUUGAAGGAGCAUUGUACGUGGAAGUUCCUUCAAAUCCAAAAGGUGAUACGAUUUGUAAAUCAGGAUAAAAGGUUGGGUAAAGGAUGUGGGAAUUUUAAAAGGAAGUGUAUAUGGCUGGAUGAUGUUUUUUAUUUAGCUACGUACUAAUAAAAUGACAGUUUAUUUGUUGGAAUAGAAGUUAUUGUAUUCUUUCAAUGUUGCAGGGCUGAACUGAAAUUUCCUCACUUAAGUACAGUGAGCUGUUCUCUGAAUCCAGGAAUAAAGAAGAAAUGCUUUCGAUUGGACUUUAUCUGUAUAUUCAGGUUUUUACAGUUUCAAUAAAGUCCGAUUUCAUUUUUUUACAAUUCAGCAUUUUCUCUAUUUUAUUUUGUGUGUGUGUGUGUAUUUGGUUUUGAAGCACUGUUUUCAGAAAGCACUUAUUCCAGAUUCAGAUCGUCUCAGUGUCUUCCACGCUGUUCACCACAACAACUACUGAAUGUACAUAAACUGCUGUUUGCCUUGCCCAAACUGAAUUGUGUGAAUAAAUGAUUAUCAUGUCCUUGUUUAUUUUUAAGCAUUAGUAUCCAUGUUCUGGUUGUUCAUUUGCUUACAUUUUUGACUGCUGAGAGUUUAAUAAAGAUCUGCUCAAUA